AAAUGACAAGGCGUUUAAUGAGAAUGCGGCCGCACAAUAACAAAAACAUCCAAAACAUCAGCGGGCCGGAAGACAUUUACUGAUGGACUCUUUCCGUUACAGGAUAUUGCAGCAUGAAGAAGGAGCAAGUUGUCAACUGUCAGUUUUCGGUUUGGUAUCCGAUAUUCAAGAAACACACGAUUAAAAGCCUGAUUCUCCCACUGCCUCAGAAUGUAAUAGAGUAUUUACUGGACGAUGGCACACUGGUAGUCUCUGGGAGUGACCAUAACACACAGCAGACACACACUAACAACAGCGACUCUGACGCAGAAGAAGAUAUUCAGUGGUCAGAUGAUGAAACAACCUCCACUGUCACUGCUCCUGAGUUCCCAGAAUUCACCUCUAAAGUGCUGGAGGCCAUAAACGCCCUGGGUGGGCGAGUCUUUCCUAAACUCAACUGGAGCGCUCCACGGGAUGCUAACUGGAUUGCUCUGAACAGUUCCCUGCAGUGCCACAGCCUCAGUGAUAUAUUUCUGCUCUUCAAAAGUUCUGACUUCAUCACCCACGACCUGACGCAGCCAUUCCUUCUGUGUAGUGACCAGGACUCCCCAGACCCAGUCAUAAACUAUGAGCUGGUCCUGAGAAAGUGGAGCGAGCUGAUUCCUGGAGGAGAGUUUCGCUGCUUCGUCAAAGAAAACAAACUGAUCGCUAUCUCCCAGAGAGACUACACUCAGUAUUACCAGCACGUCUUGAAGCAGGAGGAGGAGGUCUGUCACGCCAUCCAGGAGUUCUUCAGCCAGCACAUCCAGUACAACUUCCUGGACGAAGACUUUGUAUUUGAUGUCUACAGAGAUAGCCAGGGGAGGGUGUGGCUGAUUGACGUGAACCCGUUCGGAGAGGUGACAGACUCGUUGCUGUUCAGCUGGGAGGAGCUGACGUCUGGAGGGGAAAUCGCCCAGCAGCAGGAAGGCCCGGCGUUCCGCUGCACCACCAGCGAGGUGACGGUGCAGCCCAGUCCCUGUCUGAGCUACAGGAUCCCACGGGACUUUGCAGACCUCUCCACCGGAGAGGACGCCUACAAACUCAUCGACUUCCUCAAACUGAAGAAAAGCCAACAGGAAGAGUCUGAGGAGGACGAAGAAGAGGAGGGGAACGCUCCACAGUGACACAGUUAAUCUGAAGAGUAGCUGCUAGUGUCACCUGCGCUCCAUAUAUAUGUUUUCUGCAUGAAGUGACUCUUUACCCUUCUGUCCCGUUUGAGCUAAUUUUUCAUUUCAGCCUUUGCUCCCUCGCUCGUCUGUGAACGGUGGGCGGUGUUCCUGGGGCGUCUUGAAUAGCUCUCUCGUGUUAGUCUAAUGGAACACGUUAAAUUAGCACAUCAUGUUAAUGGCUCUUUGAGGAUUCAUUUUCUGCAGGUAGUUCUUUGCUGAGCGCCGUCUCACUGAUGGUAAUGGCUCGGUGAGACAGGUAAGGGAGGCCCCUGUAGUGUCGAGUAGCCCUUUAUUCCUGUUUAUUUUUUUAUGGGGGGAAAAUUCUGUUACUGCAAGUUGAUGUAUUCACCGAUACUGUAAAGAAUGCCUGCUUUUAUACUUUAAAAUAAGUGUGUUAAUAGUUAAUGUAUCUAUAUUGAAGCCAAGAAAUGUCUCUGGAUGUAAAAUGACCUAGUCCACACACAUUUCAUUGUGUAUUUAUGUGUUGUGAGACUCCGACAGACUUCUUUAUUUAACACUAAAGAGUCACCUUUAAUUUUUCCUCCCUGCCAAUUUCCUCUGAGCAGUUUUGACACACUCAUCGCUCCGAGCUGCUCCGGGCGUUCUUUUCGACUCCUGUUUUUUCCCAUCAUGCAUUGCUGUAGACUGUUGCUCCAAAAAACACCAUUAAACUUCUUGUCGUGUA